AUGGCCGAAGACCUGACCUCCGACGUCGUACCAAAUGUCGUUAGAAACGACUCCUUUAGCGACAGCACAACUAAACCAGGUACCCGAACUGUUCCACCUACCGUCAGGCAAACUGACGAAGGUGAAAAUGAACACGAUGACGAUGAACAUCUAUCUAUCCAAAGCGAUGCUGCCUUUGAGAACAGAGAGACAGUUCAUAUCAGCCCUGGAGAUUUCGAUACCUACGCCAUUGCAUAUACAUGCAAGACAUAUGAUACCUGUAUAAAGAAAAAUGUAGAAGAGACGAAAAGUAAACCGUUUCAGGGAUCAAACACAGCGUCCAGCAGCCACAAUGAUAACGACAUCGACUUGGCAGGGUGUGGCUCCGUCCAGAAUUAUACUGAUACUUUCAAUGGAAUCGAUGGCCGCAGCUCUGUCCCCGCGUUCUCAACAGUCUCCAACACCACACGACGCCAAGUUACUCAGAAAUGGAGGGAUGACUACCGCUGUGGAGACGGUUACACUACAGGAGAUGGGAGGACCGCUGAGUGUGAUCCUGACAGUAUCUGGCCGUGCUGCUCUUCGGCCAACUGGUGUGGGAACACUGCAGCUCACUGUGACUGUGCGGGCUGUGUCGACCACCGUAACACAGAAAGUGGUGACAGGAAGUUGGAGAACAUCAUUACCAUUGGAGGAAAUGGAAAAGAACCUAUCGUGAUGGCGUACGGAGUCGCCGUGUCUGCUGACAAUGAGAUAUUUGUGACCAGCUUCAAAGGAGUCCAAGUCUUCAGCAUAAAUGGGAAGUAUCUGCGCCACUUUCAUACGACACUGCCGGGUAAAAAUGGCGUUAUCAUGCCUUAUGAUGUUGCUAUUGGUAUAGAGCCAGGCCACCUGUGGGUAGUGGGGGUUAUAUUAAAGUCAGGUGCGAAAGAGGGACAUGUGCAGGUUGUAACGUACAGUAGGAGCGGUCAGGCCAUGAAGACGUUCGACGUAGGCUUCACGAGACCUUCUCACCCGUCCCCUCCCGUCAUUGCGAUAGACGUACGCAACAAUAAAAUUAUCGUCGGACAGGGAAAAACAGUAAAGAUGUUUGAUCCAGACGGCUCUCUCUAUCGGAGUUUUAAAGUGUUAUCAGGAAGUCAGCGAGGUAUGAUCGGGGGAGUUACAUCGGACAGCGAGGGAAAUAUACUGCUCACACUUACGCAUAAAGCUAUUGAGAUAUACAGUAAGUCCGGAGUCAAGAUAUUUGAAUUUGCCGGAAGGGGUAAGGGCCAGAUGAAUUACGGUAUUUGCCUGGAUAAGUUUGGUAACAUCAUCGUAGCAGACAAUGAAAACCACCGGGUAGACAUGUUCACAAGCCGCGGGAAGUUUGUCCGUACCAUCGCGAAGAAAGACCCGUCUGGUAUCGCUAUGGGACCAGAUGGAGAGAUGGUGGUGACUAGCGCAGGGUUGAGAUCCACUGUAACUAUCUUUCCACGACACAUGGUUCUUCCUUAA